AAUGAAAACCUUAUCAGAACCUAUUGAAGUUAUUACUGAAAAGAACCCAGCAGCCUAUGUUGCUCUUACUGCUGAAGUUGAGGUUCAACCUUCUAUUAUGCAAGUCAACACUUCUCUCACUAAUUCUGAGAAAAAGAUUGCAAAGAAAAUUCUUCUUAAUAACUAA